AUGGUUCUGACACACGUUCACGACCUCGACGACGCAGCCGCCGUCGUAUUCGCCUCGAGAUACGUGCAGGACCCGCUUCCAAGGUAUGAGCUGGGGGAGAAGUCCAUCGCCAAGGACGCGGCGUACCAGAUCAUCCACGACGAGCUGCUGCUGGACGGGAACCCGCGGCUGAACCUGGCGUCGUUCGUCACCACGUGGAUGGAGCCCGAGUGCGACAAGCUCAUCCUGGAGGGCAUCAGCAAGAACUACGCCGACAUGGACGAGUACCCAGUCACCACGGAGCUGCAGAACCGGUGCGUGAACAUCAUCGCGCGGCUGUUCCACGCGCCGGUGGGCGCGAGCGAGAAGGCCGUCGGGGUGGGCACGGUGGGGUCCUCGGAGGCGAUCAUGCUCGCGGGGCUGGCCUUCAAGCGGCGGUGGCAGAACCGGCGGGAGGCGGCGGGGAAGCCCUGCGACAGGCCCAACAUCGUGACGGGCGCCAACGUGCAGGUGUGCUGGGAGAAGUUCGCGCGCUACUUCGAGGUGCAGCUCAAGGAGGUGAAGCUGCGGGAAGGCUGCUACGUCAUGGACCCCGACGAGGCCGUGCGGAUGGUCGAUGAGAACACCAUCUGCGUCGCCGCCAUCCUCGGCUCCACGCUCACCGGCGAGUUCGAGGACGUCAAGCGCCUCAACGACCUCCUCGCCGCCAACAACAAGCGGACAGGGUCAGUAGCUUCGCAUGCGACGCAUGUCAUAAAUUCCUCCUCAGAGGAGUCAGAGCAAGUGAGCAACCGUGGACUGAUCUGGCUGCGUGAUGUGAUGCAUGCUGGCACGCAGGUGGGACACCCCGAUCCACGUGGACGCGGCGAGCGGCGGUUUCAUCGCGCCGUUCCUGUACCCGGACCUGGAGUGGGACUUCCGGCUGCCGCUGGUGAAGAGCAUCAACGUCAGCGGCCACAAGUACGGCCUCGUCUACGCCGGCAUCGGCUGGGUGAUCUGGCGCAACAAGGAGGACCUGCCGAGGACCUCAUCUUCCACAUCAACUACCUCGGCACCGACCAGCCAACCUUCACGCUCAACUUCUCCAAAGGCACGGCCAUGGAGAUCAUGCUCAUGCCUGCCAGGUCUAGUCAAAUCAUCGCGCAAUAUUACCAGCUUCUUCGAUUAGGCUUCGAGAGCGCUCAGACGCUGCGGGAGGGGCUGGAGCGCAUGGGCCGCUUCACCAUCAUCUCCAAGGAGCAGGGCGUGCCGCUGGUGGCCUUCACGUUCAAGAGCAAGGAGGAGACCUCGCUGGCGUUCAAGCUGUCGUCGGAGCUGCGCCGGUUCGGGUGGAUCGUCCCCGCGUACACGAUGCCGGCGAACCUGGAGCACAUGGCCGUGCUCCGCGUCGUGGUCGGGGAGGACUUCGGUCGGCCGCUGGCCGAGCGGUUCCUGUCCCACGUGCGGAUGGCGCUGGAGGCGCUCGACGACGCGGCCAAGGGCGGGCCCGUGCCCAGGAUGCGGGUCACCAUCGAGCUGGGACCUCCCGCCAGGGGCUCUGGCGAGGAGGCGUCCGCCAAGGUCGUCAAGAGGGAGGCCGUCGUGCCGGUGCACCGCAGCGUGUCUCUCGCCGGCGGGAAGACCAAGGGCGUCUGCUAG